UAAUCCGCUUCCCCAUCCCUACAACAGCACGUUGGACAAAAAGCGUAGCAGAGGGCGACGCAGAUUCCCCUCUUUCUUUAUUCCCCCAAAAAACACCAUCUUUUUGAGCUGAAUCUUUGCCUGCCUUCCCCCAUAUUCUCCAAGAUUCCGUUGCUGUGAUUGCAGGCAGAGGCAGCUCUAUCCCCCCGUAAAGAACACCCACCUUCUUCAUAGCUUUUCUCCUUAGUUUUCUCUGUAAAGAAUUGUAUAUAUAUCAUUGUCUGGAUGUGUAUUGGUUGCUGAAGAGAUUGAGGCUCUCCACUUUGUGCAUGGUAAAAGGAAUAAGAGAAAAGGGUGUUAGAAAGAUCACAUCUUUGGAAUAGCAGGGUUUGGGAAUUGAAUAAGCAUCAUGGGAUUUGUUUCUAAUUGGCAAAAUGAGGGUGGUGAUUGUGGUGGGGGUGGCUUUUCUUGGGGAUUGGGAAACCUUGUUAGGAGGAAGAAGGUUGAUUCUUCUCCUUCAGACUCAUCGUUGCCUUCAUCUUCUGGACACGGUAGUAGAGGUCAUCAUCAAUUGGCUAAGGCUUUGACUGUCCCUCAUCUCAUUGCCAUAGGUGUCGGAUCAACCAUCGGAGCUGGGGUAUAUAUUCUCGUUGGCACAGUCGCCAGAGAGCAUUCAGGCCCAGCCCUUACCUUUUCCUUCUUAAUAGCUGGGAUAGCAGCCACACUUUCUGCAUUCUGCUAUGCUGAGCUUGCUAGUCGUUGCCCGUCAGCUGGGAGUGCAUAUCAUUACUCUUACAUAUGCGUUGGAGAAGGAGUUGCUUGGUUGAUUGGUUGGGCACUAAUAUUGGAAUACACAAUUGGAGGUUCUGCAGUAGCUCGAGGCAUAUCUCCAAAUCUGGCCUUGCUCUUCGGAGGUCAGGACAGUCUGCCAUCUUUUUUAGCUCGUCACGCCAUCCCCGGGCUUAAUGUAGUAGUGGAUCCAUGUGCAGCACUAUUAGUCUGUGUUGUCACUGGGCUUUUAUGCGUGGGAAUUAAGGAGAGUACGGUGGUACAAGGAUUUGUCACGAUCGCAAAUAUAUGCGCUAUGCUAUUUGUUAUUGUUGCUGGCGGAUAUUUGGGCUUUAAAAAUGGCUGGCCUGGCUAUGAACUUCCUACUGGGUAUUUUCCAUUUGGGGUUGAUGGAAUGCUUGCUGGGGCCUCGACUGUUUUCUUUUCGUACAUUGGGUUUGAUUCCGUUGCUAGUACUGCCGAGGAGGUGAAGAAUCCUCAACGUGACUUGCCUUUGGGGAUUGGUUUGGCAUUGGCAAUAUGUUGCACGUUAUAUAUGUUAGUCUCUGCUGUUAUUGUCGGUUUGGUUCCCUACUACACAAUGGACCCCGAUACCCCAAUCUCCUCUGCAUUUGCGAGCCUUGGAGUUAACUGGGCAUCAUAUGUAGUAACUAUUGGAGCUUGUACCGCUCUUUGCUCAACAUUGAUGGGUUCUAUACUACCCCAGCCACGGAUACUUAUGGCAAUGGCUCGAGAUGGGUUGCUGCCAUCAUUUUUUUCGGAUGUCAACAGGCGUACUCAAGUUCCCAUCAAGAGCACUGUAGUGACUGGUUUACUUUCCGGACUGUUGGCGUUCUUCAUGGAUGUUGAUCAGUUGGCAGGAAUGGUCAGUGUUGGUACGCUUCUUGCAUUUACAAUGGUGGCAAUUUCUCUGCUUAUACUCCGGUAUGUGCCACCAAAUGAGGUUCCAACGCCAUCAUCUUCCCGGGAUACGAUAGAUUCAGUAACCCUGUGUCCCGAUGGUGGAAGUUCCAAGGACCUUGCUGCAGGUACAGGCAAUAACCUUACAUUGUCAAGUGGUGUAGCCGUUGAGCAUCCUCUUCUAGAGAAAGCUGCGGAUAGAUUUAGCUUUUUAGUAGAUGAAAGGAGGAAAGUUGCUGGAUGGACGAUAAUGUUUACAUGCAUUGGGGUGCUUGUACUUACUUCCGCUGCUUCAUGUGUUAGCCUGCCAAAUUCUGCAAGGUUAACGCUUUGUGGAAUUGGUGGGUUCCUUCUCCUAUUCGGUCUGAUAGUGCUCACGAUCAUAGACCAAGAUGAUGCAAGGCACAACUUUGGGUAUUCGGGAGGUUUUGUUUGCCCGCUUGUUCCACUUCUGCCAAUUGUUUGCAUUCUCAUCAAUGUAUACUUGUUAAUAAAUCUCGGCGCUGAUACUUGGGCCCGAGUUUCUGUGUGGUUGCUAAUAGGAAUACUCGUUUACGCUUUCUACGGCCGAACACACAGCACGCUGCACGGUGCAGUUUACCUGCCUGUAGCGCACGCAGACAAGGUUCAUCAGACUAGAGCAAUCACUCUGGCGUAAGUGAAAAUCUGGGUUUUUUUUGUGCCCAAAAUGGAGCUUAGGGCUGCUCUUAUUCCACGAAGAAAGCUUCGGACAAUUUGCUUCCAUUGUUAAGUAAAGUUGUUGAGGUGUUUCAGUUGGUUAAGCACAUUUUUGGUUCAUUUUGCUGUAAAUUCUGUCUGCAAUUUCAUGUAUUUUGUAGUGUAUAGCUGUGAAGAUGGGGAGAAGAGUGGGGAAAUGUUUGAAGCAAAUUGUUUAGGUUGUGUUUUGUAAGGGUGCUGUGUUUUCAGUUGUGUUAUAUUUGUUGCAUGGCUGGUUGGGUUCUUUGUGCAUAGGGAAAUUGUGAAUAUUGUGAAUAUUAUGAAAGUAAGAAUUGAAUGCAUUGUGCUGUUUUAUGCUGA